UUUUCAAACCACCUUUUCCCCUCCGCGAUAACCAUGGGGGUAAACUACAAAAAACAAUCUCACAAUUCGCGAGCGCCACAAGUUUGUUACUCGCGGCGGAGUGUACGUACGAGCGUGUGUAUAGGUAGCAGCUUAGCGGAGAGCGACAUGAGCACGACGCUGCCGGCGGAGAGGGCGGCCGCGGCGGUGAACGACCUGGUCGAGGCCCGGGACGGCGCGGCGACGCUCAGGACCUUCCUGCUGCAGCUGGACGACCAGCGCGCGCCGUGGGCGCAGCGGGUGGUCGACGGCGUGCUCAGCAGGCUGUCGAGCGCGAUGUCGGCGCUGGACGUCGGCGGCGCGGCGGCGGAGGGAGGCCAGAGCCCGGUCGCCGGGUCCGGAUCCGGCGGCGCGAGCAGGCCGCAGCAGUCGGCGAGCUCGAGCGGGAACACGAAGAAACGCAGCUUCAGCGGAAGAUCACAGCGUCCCUCUGACAAGAAGAUCACUGCUACGCUGGAAGACGACCACGUAUGGCGGAAAUAUGGGCAGAAAGAGAUCCAGAAUUCACCCUAUCCAAGGAGUUACUACAGGUGCACACACAGCUCAGGCCAAGGAUGCAACGCCAAGCGGCAGGUCCAGCGCAGCGAGACGGACCCGUCCAUGUACGUCGUCACCUACUACGGCGAGCACACCUGCAGGGACCCCUCCACGAUCCCGCUCGUCGUCCACGCCGCCGGCGCCGCGCCGGACCGCGCCAGCAACCUCAUCAGCUUCGGCCACAGCGGCGCCAACGACAACGCAGCAGCCAGCGCCGGCGCCGGCGCCUCUUCUUCCCAGUACUUGGCGAUUGGCGGUAGGACCACCGCUGACCAGCUCUCGACGUCGUGGUGCACCAGCGACGACAUGUUCAGCUCGUCGGCCGGCUCCUUCAUGCAGGUGGAGGAGCUGAUCAGCGCUGUCGUGGGCUCGGCCGGGGUGACGUCGACGGCAACGGCGGGGUCGUCGGCGCUAGACCGUGGCGGGCUCGGUGGCAUGGUGGGCGGCGCCGGAGGCACUGCCAGCUUUUCACCGUCUCCGAACGCCCUCGCCGAUUUCGUGGUGGGCUCGCUUGGGAGCAUCGGCGGCAACGACGAUGACUUGUUUAGCAUGGAUCCUUAGUAAGCAAUUGAAGGCAUUGCCCGUGAAACGCAUGAACGUAACCGGUAAUUAGGCCUGGUGAACCAUGAUUUGUAAAAGCCUAGUAAGGCCUGGUGUGUAUAUAAACUUGUGCCAAUGGAAUCCAGAAGUAGACAACGUUAGCAUAAAUGAGAAAACACUUAUUAUCCCUAUCAUCCACUAUCGACUAAAUUGUUAUACUCUCUGUUAGUUUUGUCAUAGAUCUAACUUAUCUAAUUUUGAUUUUAUUUAUAGAAAAAUAUA